UUGAAAGUAUUUUAAAUAAAUCAAGGUUAAUGUACCAAAGAACCUUACAUUUUUAUAAUCUACAUACUCAUAUCAAAAUACUGUUUUAAAUAUCGCAUAUCUUUAUGACUCUUCGUAAGAAAAAUGCAAAGCGCAAACAUAUAUAUCCAAGAAUUCCUUGAUAAGGUUCUCCCUGGCAUAACGACUUAUCUUUUAGUUUGCUCGCGUCGCUUCAAUCGAAAUGUACUGGGUUUUGCUGUUAGGAUACCUCCUUUUAGGAAAUCAGCAAUUAAUUGCACAUUUUCUGGAGCCAAACUGCGGAUAUAUGUCCCCGGAGGCCCUGAAAAACGAAGGCCAUCAAGCGCACAUAUCAGAGAGUCCUUGGAUGGCCUAUUUGCACGACUCCGGGAAGUUUGUGUGUGGCGGCUCGCUAAUAAACUAUCAACAGUGCGAUUGGGGGAGUUCGAUAGCUUAACCAGCCUCGACUGCAGCGGAUCCGAUUGCAUACCGCCCUCUGAGGAGUUCGAGAUCAACUUGGCCAUUCGUCAUAGUGACUACUCGAGAACCAAUCGCUAUCAUGACAUUGGGUUACUCCGUUUGGCCAAGUCGGUAGAGUAUAAAGUACACAUCAAACCAAUUUGCCUGAUCACAAACACUGCCCUUCAGCCGCGAAUUGAGCGCCUUCAGAGAUUGGUGGCCACAGGAUGGGGAAGCAGCUCGUCCGGAUCUCCGAGCCACACCCUGAAAUCCAUUCGAGUUACGCGAGUGGAUAGGAGUGAGUGCCGCAGGAGGUACCUGGUCAAUUGUCGCAGGGAUCAGAUCUGCGUGAGCCACGAGUCCGGAGAGUCCUGCAGCGGCGACUCCGGAGGACCCAUGGGUCAUGCUUUUCGGUAUGACGGUCAAGUGGUCUUCAUUCAGGUCGGAAUUGUCAGUUAUGGCAACCCAGAGUGCCACAGUCCUAGUGUUUUUACGGAUGUAAUGCGCCAUGUAGCUUGGAUCAAGUGGGUUGUCGACCGCCAUACCGAAUAAACAAGACAAAAACAUUUGCUUAAUAAUGAUAAUUUUAAAAUAAGCCCUAGAAUUAUUACCUACAUUUUAGAACUUGUAAGUAUCUGCAAAUCCUUAUAUCUUAC